AUGGUCAACUUGGCUGGCCGAAGCAAUCUGGCAGGCGUGGCCGCGUCGCGUUUGUUCCCAUCUCCAGCACGUCUCACUCCCCGCCUCUUCGCUCGAGCGGCGCUGCACCACAGCUCGAGAUCUUCACAAGAUGCGACCCCUGCUCAAUCUUCCAUCUCCAAUUCUUCCUCUUCUUCCUCCGCUUCUUCUUCUCCUCCUCCUCCUUCGGACCCUCGCACAGACCGCUCCCGUCAUCGAAAUUUCUACCGACAAAUACUUCCGCCAUUUAUUCGCGUGUUGGGCUACUCCACCGCCAUCUAUUUCUCUCUGCAACUGCUCUGGACCUACCUGGAUGCUCGCGAACAGACACAAUUGGAGCAGGAGGAGAAGGAUAGAUUGAUUAGGAUGGUCAGGGAAAAGAGGGAGAGGGGGGUUGAGGCUGGAGGAGGAGGAGGAGGAAUAUUGAAAGAGCGACAAGUGACAAAGGGUUGGUGGGGAUGGAUCAGAGGUCAGAAAUAG